AUGUCGAGAAACAACAAUAUUAUCAAUGAUAAUAAUAAUUGUAAUGGAAUUACCCCAGAGAAUGAAAACACUAGAAUCAUUGAAAAUCUCUCUGAACAAAGAGAUCUUGCCUUCCAAGUCAUUGAUGAACUAGAAAACACAAUUGAAGAUUUGAGAGAGGAAAGAGACCAUGCAUUAGAGGGAACUCAUUAUCACAGUCAUCCACCUGCCCCACAGUCCCCACCCCUUCCACAUACCCCAGAUACUAUUUCUGCCGCCCCGACUACUAUUGCUGCCACUCCAGCUAUUGCUACCACCCCAGCUAUUGCUGCCACCCUAACUACUACUGCUGCCACCCUAACUACUACUGCUGCCACCCUAACUACUACUGCUGCCACCCUAGAUACUAUUGCUACCACCCUAGAUACUAUUGCUGCCACCCUAGAUACUAUUGCUACCACCCUAGAUACAAUUGCUACCACCCCAGCUACUAUUGCUACCACCCCAGCUACUAUUGCUGCCACUCCAGCCACCACUGCCACCCCAGCUACCACUGCCGCUCCAGCUACUACAGCUACUACUACCACCCCACCCUAUAGCUCUCUUCCAUUGGAGGUUCGUUUAGCACAUAUCGCAUUGGUGCGUAGUUUUUGGUCUCUUCUUGGUAUGAAUUAA